AUAAUAAUUUAGUUUUCCCAGUAGAAUCUGGAACUUGUCCCUCCGUUAUAAAAUAGUAGUUCUGUAAGAAUUCCAAUGGUGUCCAUGUUUUCUGUCAUGUAUGCAAAUAGGUGUUAAUUUUUUCCCUUAAUUAAUAGAAGUAUGCGAACUCAUUACGUGUACAUUUAAUUACAAACCACGGCAAUUGUUAGGUAUUGGCAUACAGUUAAUUUUUAAUGGACUUCAUUAUUACAUUAAUUAAAAAAUAUUAAUUAUAUAUUUAUUAUAUGAAGUUAAACUGGAUGUCAGUAUAUAAUGGAUAAGAUUAAGUAUACAGAACUGUCCAGCUUUUUAACAAUAAAUGAAUGGAAAAACAUGUCAGAAUAUGAUAGAAAACGAAAUUACAAUAUCCUGGAAAACUACAAGGUUUUGCAUUCACUUGGGUUGAGUACCAAAAAACCUGACUUCAUGUGUGUGACAAAGAGAAAAUCUGGGGAAAAGAAGUGGAGUACAGGAAAUAAACGUGUCAAGUUCAGACAUCAGAUGAAGAGGAAGGAUGUGGAAGUGCUCAGUAAGCAACAGAAUACCUGGCGACACAUCCCAUCACUGGCUGAGCUUGUACAAGAUAUACACGAAGAUUUUUUAGGGUUUUCAGAAGCAGAUUCUGUUGGACAAAUUGUGGGAUUAUCUGCACUAAAUGAGGCUAUCAAGAAACUUGAAUGUGAACUUCAAAGUCUUGUGGAAGCAGAGAAUGUCUUUGAAAAGAAGACUGAAGAUUCUCAGAGUCGUUACCCUAAGCGGUCAGUGACUCGCAAGGAUUACACAGAAGGACAUGUACCAAAUGAUGAUGAUUUUAUAUUUUGUGAUGACUGUGGGCAGGAGUGGGAGGGAGACUGUCCUGUUCAUGGAGCGCUUACAGUUGUUGAAGAUACUAAGGUCCCAGCAGACCCUGAAGAUUCUACUCGAGCAGACAGAACAGUGCCUUCUCAGCUGUACAUAGCCCAGUCUGGCAUCAGUGGUGCAGGACGUGGUGUGUGGUCCAGGGUACCUCUCUCCAAGGGGUUGAGAUUUGGACCAUACGAAGGUGCAAAAGUGAAAUCCUCAAACAGUAAUGGCUACUGCUGGCAGAUCCGUCGCAACUAUCGAGCAUUAUAUUGUGUGGAUGCCAAGAAUUGUGGUAUUGCUAACUGGAUGCGCUACGUUAAUUGUGCUCGACAUGAGGAAGAACAGAAUUUAAUGGCAUUUCAGUAUAAAGGUGAAAUGUAUUAUCGAACUGUCCGACCCAUACCUGCCCAUGUUGAGCUGCUAGUGUGGUAUGGGGAUGAGUAUGGUCGAGAACUUGGUAUUGUCAUUGAGAAUUUCCAUAAACCACAACAGAAAAAAUCUCUCAAUGUGUCUCAAUGUGUUGGAUGCAACAUUACAUAUUCAAGCCCAGUGUAUUUGGAGAGACAUGAAAAGUAUUGUCGUGGAUUAAAUAAUGCCAGCUUAUCAAAUAAUGGUGCAUUUUGUGAUGUUAAGCGUGUUCCUAAUAUCAGUAAACAGAAUGAGCAAAAGAGAUAUAAUGACAACAACGUCUCUGGCGACAUGAUCCAUAUUAAGCAACCACAUAUCAUUGAUGAUGGUACAUGUGAUGGGAUCUCCUCUCAUCACUCAGAUUUCUCAAAACAUGUGCAAGACAGAUUAUACCAUUGUCAUGAUUGUGAUAAGGGAUUAACAUUCCACAGCCAUUUUGUGCACAUGAGAAUUCACACAGCGGAGAAGUCAUAUGAGUGCAAGGAAUGUGGUCGUAUGUUUUCUCGAAUAGAUGAUCUGCGCACGCAUAUGAGAAUUCACACAGGCGAGAAACCGUAUGAGUGCAAGGAAUGUGGUCAUGUGUUUUCUCAAACAAGUAAUCUGCGCAGGCAUAUGAGAAUUCACACAGGGGAGAAGCCGUAUGAGUGCAAGGAAUGUGGUCGUAUGUUUUCUCAAAUAGGUGCUCUGCGCAGGCAUAUGAGAAUUCACACAGGGGAGAAGCCGUAUGAGUGCAAGGAAUGUGGUCGUAUGUUUUCUCAAACAAGUAAUCUGCGCAAGCAUAUGAGAAUUCACACAGGGGAGAAGCCGUAUGAGUGCAAGGAAUGUGGUCGUAUGUUUUCUCAAACAAGUAAUCUGCGCAAGCAUAUGAGAAUUCACACAGGGGAGAAGCCGUAUGAGUGUGAGGAGUGAGGUAUAUUUUUUCCAACAGUAAUGUGUGCUAGCACAUGAGAAUUCACACGAAAGUAUGAAUGUGAUUGAAAACCUGUUUAUAAAUCGACACUAAUUAAUUACAGACGAAUUCACAUCAGAGGCAGAGUUAGCGACACAUAAACAGAAACGUCUGCAUGGAAGAAAAUAAAUGCUACUUACUGGUCUCAGUGAAGAAUGAGUGUGUGAGCCAUUCUUGUUACUGUUUGUGAAUUCUUAGUCAUGAUAAUUUUACUCAUUAUUGAGUUUGUUCUGAAGAGAGAAUGUAAGUUUUAAGUUGAUGUAAAUUCUUUGUAUUUCUGAUUGUUUUGGGUUUAUAAUGGGAAACAAGUGUUUCAAUUAACAGAAUCAGAAGUACAAUACGUUUUAAAAUAUGUAGAUAAGGCAAUAUGUUAUCUCACAUUAAAUAAUAAUCAAUAUUGCAAUAUUCAAGAUAUCUUGUAUUCUCAAGAUAUGUAACAAGUAAUUUCACAAUUGGCUUAUUCCUCUUCUCUCAACAGUAAUGAUUAGUGUUCCUGUAAUGUAAAUAUAAAAUGUAAUAUUUCACUGGCGCAGAGAAAACUGGUGUAUAUUUUCCUUGAUUUUUACCUAAUACAAAGGAAGAACAUUUUGAAUAUUUGAUAUCUCAUCAGCCACAUUUCUUCAUAUGUUUUACAGAUGUCUUAUUUUUGUUGACAGUAUGAUACAUCAUCAAAAAGAACACCGUUGUGCUUUGGCUUAACUGAUGCUAAAACACAGGAUUUGUGUUGCAAUUGCAAAUUACAAAUUUUCAGGUCUUAUAGACAUGACAGUUUUAUAUUUAUCUCAGUAAUAAUUCUCAUUCAGUAAAUAUUUAAAAACUUUACUUUUAUGACCAACUAAUGCAGAACCAGUUUUAGUUAUAUGGUAUUUGUGAAUGACUGUACUUGACAAAAUAGUCAUCUGAGAAAAUAUAUGUGUGGAUGUUGCCACAUAUGCAACAUUUUAGAAUGCAAUUUAAUGCUUACUGCUAUACCCCUUUCUACAGUUGUUGCAUUCAGUUGCUUGAUAUCCAUUUACUCGCAAGAGAUUUUAAGAUAAAUUUCGUUUAAAAUGUAUUAUUGAUAAACUUUUUGCUGUUCAGCAUUCAUUUUCUUGAAGAGUAUUUCAAUGUUAGUUUAGUUUGGUGAUCCAUCUUUUAUAAAAUGUUUAGUUGUAGCUUCACUGUCUGACACAUCUGGAGCUCAUUUAUAUAUUUGUACAAUAAUUGCUUGAUGAAUGAGCAAGCAGAUUCUGUGUGGAAUCAGCAGACAUCAUUCCUUCACAUGCCCUAUAGUCAAGGGAUUAAAAUUUAAAAAAUUAUGAUUUACAUAAUUAUAUAGAUUUUUCAUCUGAUGCAAUCAUAUUCCAUACCUCUAUAUAGAUAUUCUAAAGCUGUGUAUUUUCAAUAUAAUGCUAUUCUUGCAAAAUGUCAAGCUUAGGCACAGAAUCUUUAUUUAAUACGUGAAUGCUUAUGGAAUGAAUUUUAAAUACUUCUAACAUUCUCUUGAGUUUGAGAGUCACACAUGAUUGCAAGUAAUCUUAAGACAUACAUACAUACAUACAUCAGCAUUUCAGAGUAUUCACAAGUGUGCAACUGGCACUGAAUAUAAAACUUGUCAAACAACAGUCACAAGACAAUCACAGAUAAAAUCGCAGAAACAUCAAUUCGACCAUAGUUAAAAUCUAAACUGAAUACCUCAAAUAAAUAGAUACAAUGUUACACAUACAAUUAUA